AUGGAAACUAGCAUCCAACUCAUGCAGGUUAUCCAAGAAAUGCGGUUAGAGAUCAACAGACUAGAGAAAGAGAAUCAGGCCCUCCGUGUGAAGCUAACUUCAAUUAGUCAGACAGCCUCGGGCACAGAAAGAGAAUCAGAAGAUGAGAGAAAAGAAGCAGUGUACAGACAAUCUCCAGGGGCCCUGCCUGGUGGUACUCCCACUGAUUCAACACCAACUAUGCAGGAACAAGGCAAUGUCAUGAUUGUUAGACGUUACUCCAUUUCUCCAUCAGUUCACUCAUAUGCAACAAAUGACCUCUGGAAACCUAGAAACAUAAUUCCAAAUAUCACUGGAACAUCAUUGGCACAUUCUUCAACUAGAAAUCAAGACAGUGAAGAAAAAAUAUUGACCACAGAUGCUAACAGCAGCCAUAGCUCCAGCCAGAACGCAUCUUCUGAUCACAAUUUUGUUUGCAGGGAGAAGACAAAGACAGUCAGUUUCCAGUUACCUAGGGAUAUGUCAUCAGUUCCCCAAAAUUCACAUCCUUUGAAGUACUCAACAAAUCAGACCACAGGCCAGCUAAGCAUCAUUGCAGAAAAAGAUGUGUGA